GAAAAGCCAUUGACAAAAUCUCUACAACGAGGAGAAGACCCCCAAUUUGAUCAAGUCAUCAGCUCAAUGAGCUCCCUUUCUGAGUACUGCCUGCCUUCCAUUCUGCGCACAUUAUUUGACUGGUAUAAAAGGCAAAAUGGUAUUGAGGAUGAAUCACAUGAAUACAGACCAAGAACAAGCAAUAAAUCAAAAAGCGAUGAACAGCAGCGAGAUUACUUAAUGGAAAGACGGGACCUCGCCAUUGAUUUUAUUUUUUCUUUAGUAUUAAUAGAAGUUUUGAAACAGAUUCCACUUCAUCCUGUAAUAGACAGUUUAAUACAUGAUGUUAUUAACCUGGCUUUCAAGCACUUUAAGUACAAAGAAGGGUACCUUGGUCCUAACACUGGCAAUAUGCACAUCGUGGCAGACCUGUAUGCAGAAGUCAUUGGAGUAUUGGCACAAGCUAAGUUCCCUGCUGUAAAGAAGAAAUUUAUGGCAGAGCUAAAAGAAUUACGGCACAAAGAGCAGAGCCCAUAUGUGGUUCAAAGCAUUAUCAGCUUGAUAAUGGGGAUGAAAUUCUUUCGAAUUAAGAUGUAUCCAGUGGAGGAUUUCGAGGCCUCUCUUCAGUUUAUGCAGGAAUGUGCACAUUUUUUCCUCGAGGUUAAAGACAAAGACAUCAAGCAUGCCUUGGCUGGGCUCUUUGUUGAAAUCCUUGUCCCAGUUGCUGCUACUGUUAAAAAUGAAGUAAAUGUUCCCUGCCUUAGAAACUUUGUGGAAAGCCUGUAUGAUACCACGCUGGAACUGUCUUCUCGAAAGAAGCAUUCCUUGGCCUUGUACCCUCUGGUGACCUGUCUGCUCUGUGUCAGUCAAAAGCAGCUGUUUUUGAACAGGUGGCAUGUUUUCCUCAACAACUGCUUAUCCAACCUUAAAAAUAAAGACCCCAAGAUGGCUCGAGUUGCACUGGAAUCUCUCUACAGAUUACUUUGGGUUUACAUGAUUCGAAUUAAAUGUGAAAGCAACACAGCUACUCAGAGCCGACUUAUAACCAUCAUCACAACACUCUUCCCCAAAGGGUCUCGUGGUGUGGUGCCAAGGGACAUGCCUCUGAACAUCUUUGUGAAGAUCAUCCAGUUCAUUGCCCAGGAACGUUUAGAUUUUGCAAUGAAAGAAAUCAUUUUUGAUUUUCUUUGUGUGGGAAAACCAGCAAAAGCUUUCAGUCUCAAUCCAGAGAGAAUGAACAUUGGUUUACGGGCAUUCUUGGUCAUCGCUGACAGCUUGCAGCAGAAAGACGGUGAACCUCCCAUGCCUGUUACAGGAGCCGUUCUCCCUUCAGGAAAUACUUUGAGAGUAAAGAAAACGUAUUUGAGUAAGACGCUUACUGAAGAGGAAGCCAAAAUGAUAGGAAUGUCCUUAUAUUACUCUCAAGUACGAAAAGCUGUGGACAACAUUUUAAGGCACCUUGACAAAGAAGUAGGAAGGUGUAUGAUGCUGACUAACGUCCAGAUGUUGAACAAAGAACCUGAAGACAUGAUCACGGGUGAGAGAAAGCCAAAAAUAGAUCUUUUCAGGACCUGUGUUGCUGCUAUUCCUCGACUGCUUCCUGAUGGGAUGUCAAAACUUGAACUUAUUGACUUGCUGGCUAGGCUGUCUAUCCACAUGGACGAUGAACUGCGACAUAUUGCACAGAAUUCUCUUCAGGGUUUACUUGUUGACUUCUCCGACUGGAGAGAAGAUGUGCUAUUUGGCUUCACUACCUUCCUGCUCCGGGAGGUGAAUGACAUGCACCACACCCUCCUGGACUCGUCCCUGAAGCUGCUGCUGCAGCUGCUCACCCAGUGGAAGCUGGUCACACAAACACAAGGGAAAGUCUAUGAACAAGCCAACAAGAUCAGAAAUUCAGAGCUAGUUCCAAAUGGCUCCAGCCACAGAAUUCAAACAGAACGAGGCCCUCACUGCAGCGUUCUCCACGCCGUGGAAGGGUUUGCUCUGGUUUUACUCUGCAGUUUCCAGGUGGCCACACGCAAACUGUCCGUUUUAAUACUCAAGGAAAUUCGAGCUUUAUUUGUUGCCCUGGGUCAGCCUGAGGAUGAUGACAGGCCGAUGAUCGAUGUCAUGGAUCAGCUAAGUUCUUCCAUUCUCGAGAGUUUUAUCCAUGUAGCGGUUUCAGAUUCAGCAACAUUACCGCUGACCCACAAUGUGGAUCUGCAGUGGUUGGUGGAAUGGAACGCAGUCCUGGUUAACAGCCAUUACGAUGUGAAGAGCCCUUCCCACGUCUGGAUAUUUGCACAGUCUGUCAAAGACCCCUGGGUUCUCUGCCUCUUCAGCUUCCUCCGGCAGGAGAACUUGCCCAAGCACUGCCCCACGGCCCUCAGCUAUGCCUGGCCUUAUGCCUUCACUCGGCUCCAGUCGGUCAUGCCUCUGGUGGACCCAAAUAGCCCAAUUAAUGCCAAGAAAACCAGCACUGCCGGCAGCGGAGACAACUACGUUACCUUGUGGAGAAAUUACCUUAUUCUUUGUUUUGGAGUUGCAAAACCCAGUAUUAUGAGCCCAGGACACUUAAGAGCUUCUACUCCAGAAAUAAUGGCGACCACCCCUGAUGGUACAGUGAGCUACGAUAACAAGGCUAUCGGCACCCCAUCGGUGGGAGUUCUGUUAAAGCAGCUGGUGCCUUUGAUGAGACUAGAGAGCAUUGAGAUCACAGAGUCGUUAGUUUUAGGAUUUGGAAGAACAAAUUCCCUUGUUUUCAGAGAAUUGGUAGAAGAACUUCAUCCAUUAAUGAAAGAAGCUCUGGAACGAAGACCAGAGAACAAGAAACGCCGAGAACGGCGAGACCUGUUAAGACUACAACUACUUCGAAUUUUUGAACUUCUGGCUGAUGCUGGUGUAAUAAGUGAUAGCACAAAUGGAGCCUUAGAACGAGAUACUUUAGCCCUUGGUGCUUUGUUCUUAGAAUAUGUGGACUUGACCCGUAUGCUCCUGGAAGCUGAAAAUGACAAAGAAGUUGAAAUUCUCAAAGAUAUCCGAGCACAUUUUAGUGCAAUGGUCGCCAACUUGAUUCAGUGUGUUCCAGUUCACCACCGAAGAUUUCUCUUCCCCCAGCAAAGCCUGAGGCACCAUCUUUUCAUAUUAUUUAGCCAGUGGGCAGGACCGUUCAGCAUUAUGUUUACUCCUCUGGAUCGGUACAGUGACAGAAAUCAUCAGAUUACAAGAUACCAGUAUUGUGCAUUGAAAGCAAUGUCAGCAGUGUUGUGCUGCGGCCCUGUCUUUGACAAUGUGGGACUUUCCCCAGAUGGCUACCUAUAUAAGUGGCUUGACAACAUUCUGGCUUGUCAAGAUUUACGAGUUCAUCAACUUGGCUGUGAAGUUGUCGUUUUGCUAUUGGAACUUAAUCCUGACCAAAUAAAUCUUUUUAACUGGGCAAUUGACCGAUGCUACACAGGUUCCUACCAACUUGCAUCUGGCUGCUUCAAGGCCAUAGCGACAGUGUGUGGAAGCAGGAACUACCCCUUUGACAUAGUGACAUUGUUAAACCUUGUUCUAUUCAAAGCCUCUGACACCAACAGAGAGAUUUAUGAAAUCUCCAUGCAGCUCAUGCAGAUCCUUGAAGCAAAGCUUUUUGUAUACUCAAAGAAAGUCGCCGAACAAAGACCUGGCAGUAUCCUCUAUGGAACGCACGGCCCGUUGCCACCCCUGUAUAGUGUGUCACUAGCCCUCUUGUCGUCUGAACUGGCCAGGAUGUAUCCUGAGCUCACUCUCCCCCUCUUCUCAGAGGUAAGCCAGCGAUUCCCCACGACGCACCCCAAUGGGCGUCAGAUCAUGCUCACCUACCUGCUGCCCUGGCUGCACAACAUCGAGCUGGUGGACAGCAGGCUCCUCCUCCCAGAGUCGAGCCCCAGCAGCCCAGAGGACGAAGUCAAGGACCGGGAAGGAGACAUGACCGCUUCUCACGGGCUGAAAGGGAAUGGCUGGGGCUCUCCGGAAGCCACAUCUCUGGUCCUAAAUAACCUCAUGUACAUGACGGCCAAGUAUGGGGAUGAAGUUCCUGGAUCAGAAAUGGAAAAUGCUUGGAAUGCACUAGCCAACAAUGAGAAAUGGAGCAACAACCUGAGGAUCACCUUGCAGUUCCUGAUCAGUCUGUGCGGGGUCAGCAGUGACACGCUUCUCCUGCCCUAUAUUAAAAAGGUGGCAAUAUACUUGUGCCGGAAUAACACCAUUCAAACCAUGGAAGAGCUUCUGUUUGAGCUGCAGCAGACUGAACCAGUGAACCCCAUUGUCCAGCACUGCGACAACCCUCCCUUCUACCGCUUCACGGCCAGCAGCAAGGCCUCUGCAGCAGCCUCUGGAACCACCUCCAGCAGCAACACAGUGGUUGCCGGCCAGGACAAUUUCCCAGAUGCGGAGGAGAGCAAGAUAUUGAAAGAAUCUGAUGAGAGGUGGGUGCACAAAUCUGGCUCACUAUCUAGUAUAACUUUCAGCAGUAGUCUAUACACAGACAUUAAUACAAGUUUGUGGGGUUUCCUAAAUGUCACACAUACUAAAAUCCUUUGUUUUUAGAAACACAGAG